AUGCUCCCCUGUCUAAUCUGUUUAAUAUACUCUCCUGUCGAACGGCUACUAUUGUUGGGUUAUACAGACAGAAGCAAAGAGAUGGCAUGGUCUGGAUAUCAAAAGUUUCUAGCUAUUAUGAUGGUGGUAACUGGGUCUAUAAAUACUCUGAGCACUAAAUGGGCUGAUAAACUAGAAUCUAUAGGUUCUGAUGGGAAGACCAGACCCUUCGAUCAUCCUUUCCUUCAGGCCACCAUUAUGUUCUUAGGUGAGAUUCUAUGUUUGAUUACAUUUAAAUUAGUAUAUUAUAAAACACGAAGUACUGGAGGACACUCCCUGACACAAGGAAAUCAAAAUUUCAAUCCUUUAAUACUAAUGCCUGCAGCAAUGUUUGACUUGAUCGGCACAUCAAUUAUGUAUAUUGGUCUUACACUGACUUAUGCAAGCAGCUUCCAAAUGUUCCGGGGGUCUAUCAUCCUUUUUGUAGCUGUUUUCUCGAUGACAUUUCUCAAUCGACAGAUUGUUCCAAAAGAGUGGGUAGGAAUAACUGGAGUACUCCUGGGUCUUGCAGUUGUUGGUGCAACUGAUGCUAUCUACCAGUCUCCGGGUGAAGCAAAGGGAAGAAACAGUCUUUUAACUGGCGAUAUGUUAAUCAUUGUUGCUCAAGUUGUUUCUGCAUGCCAGAUGGUAUAUGAGGAGAAAUAUGUUGCUGGUCUAAAUAUCCCUUCAAUGCAGGCUGUUGGAUGGGAGGGAAUAUUUGGAUUCUCGAUCCUUUCAGCGUUAUUGGUGAUAUUUUACUGGGUACCGGCUCCAAGUCACUUCGGCAACAACCCUCGUGGCACAGUAGAAGAUGCUAUUGAUGGUUUAAUUCAAAUAGGCAACAAUCCCCUUCUCCUAAUGGCAGUGAUUGGCACGGUUGUCUCCAUAGCGUUCUUCAAUUUUGCCGGAAUCAGUGUCACCAAGGAAAUGUCUGCUACCACACGAAUGGUGUUGGACUCCAUAAGAACUUUCGUCAUCUGGAUGGUCUCCCUGGCAGUCAGUUGGCAAACUUUCCAUUGGCAACACCUCGUUGGCUUUGCCAUCCUGUUGCUUGGCAUGUUCCAGUACAAUGGCGCUUUGCCUGACUGCUGGAACUACCGGAGGAAUAACGAUGUGGUUGUAAUACAGGAGGAAGAGGAGCGUGGUGUAAUAAAUUCAGAGGCGGAUAGGCUAGAA